UUGGUUAAUUUCUAUAAAUCUCCAUUUUAUCAAAACACACAUAUCCUCCUUAUAUAUUUACUUUAUAAAAGUGCAAAAGUCUAAUAAUGUGUUACUAACAAUGGGGUUUAACAAAGUACCAAUUGCAUAGUUUUGAAAAACAGUCUGGCACACAUUUGUGUCUCAUUCAUUCAGUCAUUACAAAUAAUUAAUCUAAGCAUCUAUUCUCCUCUUUUCUCUCAAUGUCUAACCAAUCACACCACUACAAAUGUACAGGGUUUGAUCCCUGUUUUGGCUAUUGUGCAUCAAUUUCCCUGGAAGUUGCAUGCAUUAAUGAGUGUUUUUGUUUUGUGUGUGUGUGUGUGUGUGUUUUGUGUGUAUUUCACUGUCACUCCCCCGCACUGUAUGGUAUUAAUGUAAAUGCCAACAGUCUGCGCUCCUUCAGUUCGGAUAGGUCCAACACACUCAACCGGAGCUCCUUCGCCCGUGACAGCAUGAUGAUUGAAGAGAUCCUGGCGCCAAACAAGGACACGCACCUGGCUUUAGCAAAAGAUUACAACGCAGACUCAAUGAGACGCUAUAGCUGGACGCCAGACACUCUGGACAACGUGAACCUGGUCUCCAGCCCCGUCCAUUCAGGGUUUUUGGUGAGCUUCAUGGUGGAUGCCCGCGGCGGUUCCAUGCGAGGGAGUCGCCACAAUGGCAUGCGUAUCAUCAUCCCACCCCGCAAGUGCACCGCGCCAACACGUAUCACGUGCCGUCUGGUCAAGAGACACAAGCUGGCAUCCCUGCCGCCCAUGGUGGAGGGAGAGGGGCUGGCGAGCCGGCUGGUGGAGGUGGGCCCAGCAGGGGCUCAGUUUCUGGGCCCUGUGAUUGUGGAGAUCCCUCAUUUUGGGUCCAUGAGAGGGAAAGAGCGAGAGCUCAUUAUGUUAAGGAGCGAAAACGGUGAGACCUGGAAAGAGCAUCAUUAUGACUGCAAAUCUGAAGACCUCGUUGAGCUCCUCAAUGGCAUGGAUGAAGAGCUUGACAACACAGCAGACCUGGAGAAGAAGCGUAUCUGCCGGAUCAUCACAAAGGAUUUCCCACAAUACUUUGCAGUGGUAUCACGGAUUAAACAGGAGAGUAAUCAGAUGGGUCCAGAUGGAGGGGUCCUGACCAGCAUGACAGUACCUCUGGUCCAGGCCUCUUUCCCUGAGGGUGCGCUCACCAAGAAGAUCAGAGUUGGACUGCAG